AUGAAAAUACACGUGUUGAUCGGUCUGGCGUGUUUGGUGGCCAUGGCCACGUGCUCGGAAGACACUUCGGUCGAACAGACGCAAAAGGUGCAACAAGACCAACAGCCGGAAGAGGACCAUCAAUCCAUCAAACGCGACGCAGUCGAAGAUUACGGCGCGGAAGAGUCAUACGCUCCGUCAGCCAUCGCUGGCGGUGAAGCAUACGCACACGCCGCCCCCGCCGAAGCAUACGCACCGGCCGCUCAUGGCUCCGAAGCAUAUGCCCCAGUAGCCCAAGCCGCAGAAGCAUACGCACCAUCCGCCGCUGAAGGUUACGCACCGUCCGCCGCCGAAGCGUACGGCCCAUCUGCAUACGCCGCCGCUCCAGCCGCUUAUGCGUCUCCUGCCGCAUACGCCGGCCCCACAGCUUACGCCGCAGCCGCUGCCCCGGUCGGUAUCGCCACCGCUCCUGCCGCCUACGGAUACGGACAUUCCGCAUAUCCCUCAGUUUCCGGAUACGGACCAGCUUACGCUCCAUCAUACGGACCCGAACACGUGAUCUCGCAACAUGUUGAGAUCAACCGCGCCAUACCUGUGCCAGUGUACAGGACGAUCGCGGUCGGCGUACCGCAACCUGUUGCCGUGCGCGUGCCGUACCCUGUGCCGGUCAUCAAGACGGUCGCGUACCCGGUCGAAAAACCCGUGCCAUACCCGGUUGACAAGCCUUAUGCCGUGCACAUCGAGAAGAAAGUUCCAGUGCCCGUCGACAGACCAUACCCCGUGCCUGUGUACAAGGUUAAGCACAUCUACCACGAGCCCAAGUGGGCUAAAUGGCUCAGGGACUGGUAA